GUGGGCUCUAAUUUCUGAAAUAGUCCGAAUAGACCCACUGGCCCAUCACAAAUGAACAUCCCUCCUCCUUUCUUCUUUCUUCCUUCCCACUAACUCGCAACGUAGAGUACUGCUAAUUCGUCCCUUGCAAACAAAAUUGGCAGACACUGAUAUUCAGCUGCAAAUUUAGUCUGAUUAAUGGUCUACAGAGAAAUGCACAAGGCUCUAAGAGCCUACGGGGAAGUGCUGAGGCUGGUGCGACGACUGCCGCAGGACACGAGGGCUUACUACGCGAAAUACGCUCGUGAAAACUUCGUCAACUACAGAGAUGUCGACCCCAAUGACGCUGCUGCCCUCAACGAACUCCUCAACCGAACUUACACACAUUCCCUCUGGGUCCUCAACAAGUACUCGCUGGAUGAAUCUGUUGCUGGUAAGCUGAAGGAGAUCUGUACUACUUGAUCAGUUCUGCUUCUGCACACAAACUGUUUGCUUUUAUUUCCCACUGGGAUUUGUUGCUGUUUUGCCUUUCUUUGUUUUGGGCCUGGACUUUCCUUCAUAUUCCUGUUGGGCUUUUUUCUGAACUUUUAAGUUAUGGGGUACCAUGUUCGAUAAUAGCCCAUACAACUGAGACUAUGUAAUUUUUUAACCAUCUUUCUUGAAUUUCAUAAAAUGAUUACCGGUGAA